AUAUUGACAGGAGAAACUGCGUUUGUUUACCUCUGUAGCAUAUUUUCAUAUGAAAUAAAUGACAUAGAAGAAUCAUAUCAUUGAUUUUAGUGUUCAACAUGGUUGAACCAAUCUUUGACUACCAGUUUCGUCUUAUUUUGAUAGGAGACAGUACUGUAGGAAAAUCUUCUCUCCUAAAAUAUUUCACUGAUGGAAAGUUCGACGAGUUAUGUGAUCCAACCGUAGGAGUAGACUUUUUCGCAAGGCUGUUGGAAGUGAAGAAUGGGGUGCGUGUGAAACUGCAACUGUGGGAUACUGCGGGGCAAGAGAGAUUCAGAUCAAUAACAAGAUCCUACUACAGAAACUCAGUUGGAGUUAUGCUUGUGUAUGACAUUUCAAAAAGACAAAGUUUUGAAAGUAUAACAGGGUGGCUUGCAGAGGCUAAAUUCCACAUUGAACCGCACCAAGCAGUCUACAUGAUUAUUGGACACAAAGCAGACUGUGACAAUGACCGUCAAGUAUCUUAUCGUGAGGCCCAACAAUUUGCACAGGUAAAUGGACUGAAAUAUAUUGAGACAUCAGCAAAAAAUGGACAGAAUGUGGAAGAAGCAUUCCAGCUACUUGCGAAAGAUGUAUAUAAGUUAUUAGAGGAAGGUAGAGUUAAACUGGAAGAUGGAUGGGAUGGGAUUAAACCUGGGUUUAAUCGGACUGAAGAACAUGUGCAUUUAGAAGAAGAGGAAGCAAAAUCUAAAUGUUGUUGAUAUUAUACUUAAGAGCUUACGUGUGCUGCGCCUAUUGUAAUUCUAUUGUGUUUUCCUCUCUGUGCCAUUUAACCAUCUACAUCCAUACCUUAAUGUCCUAUUAAAUGUGCCAGGUGCUUGUCUUUUUGAGCAACUUGCACACUUGAUAAGAAACCUUUUUCCCCAUUUGUCAAACUUAAAAAUCUACUUAAUUCUAUGAUCAGUCAUGUAUUAAAAACAUAUGAAUUACCCAUCAGGCCAUCACAUAGGGAAAACAUGCGAAUGACUAUGCAGCAAUCAAUAUGCGCUGCAUCAUAGAUGUUAACAUCCCCUGGUUUGUUAUCCCUCGCCGAAUUGAAGGUUUUGGGAGGGGGAUAUUGUUUUGGCGUUGUCUGUCAGUCUGGCAUUCCGUUUGUCCUUCGGUUCACCCGGAACGAUAUUUUGGUAGGCAUUGAUCAGAAAAUGUUCAAACUUGGUCAGAAUGUUCCCCAUGAUCAAAUCUCGACCACAUGUAAAAGUGGGUCACAUGGGGUCAAAAACUAGGUCACUAGGUAAAAUCUUUGGAACAAACAAGAGGUAUUAUACAUGGUCAAAUAUUCAUGAAUCAUAAUCAAAAUGUUUUCCUUGAUGAACUCUUGGACGUAAAUAAAGUGGGUCAGAUAUGAUCAAAAAUUAGGUCACUAGGUCAAAUCUUAGAAAAAUCUUGUCAGGAACCAUAUCAUGGUAAUGAUUGGUCAGAUUAUGUUUAAACUUGGUCAGGAUGUACCCCUUGAUGAAAUAUGGACCGCUUGUAAAAGUGGGUCACAUGGAGUCAAAAACUAGGUCACUGUCUCAAAUCUUUGGAAAAAACUAGAGGCAUUAUUCAUGGUCAAAUAUUCAUGAAUCAUAAUCAAAAUGUUUUCCUUGAUGAACUCUUGGACGUAUAUAAAACUGGGUCACAUAUGAUCGAAAAUUAGGUAAACCUUAGGUAAAAUUAAAUAAACCGACAGAAUCAGAACAGACCCCCUUUCCAUCUAUUAGGGCAUGCAUGUUUAAUAGGACAUUUAAGGUUUGCAUACAUAUAGAUCUUCACUUCUUUACUGACUUAUUACAUGUCAUUAUUGUUUUUUGAAACUGACUGCAGACUUUUGAAAAGUAUUGAAUAUUCACUCAGAUCUAGAUAUAAUGCAUGUCAACCUAAUGAUCAGCUAGUAGUGUAAAGCAGAACCUGUUAAAUGCACAAAGUAGUAUUGAAAUCAAAACAUCUGUAUAUAAAUCAAAAUGUUUUCAAAGCAUGGUAAUGUAUUUAGGAAUUUUUGAAACUGUUUCAACUUUGACCCAUGUUUUAUUUAUACAUACCAUAUGAUAUAACUUUUAUCUGAUAUUUAAGUAUUAAAAUUAAAAUCUUACUUUUUUAUGUAUAAUUUUUGCAUUAUGUAGUCAUUUGCCUUUUACUAGCAUAUUGGAAUUUAAUUGCCCGUAUGCUUUUAUCCAUGAAUUAUAAUAUUUUACAAAAAAAAAUAUAAUGUUUUGAAAUCAGUAAGCAGUACAGCUCCAUAUAUGUUGAUAAGUGCAUGGACAGGUACCUGCAGGAUGGGUAUGUUUUGGAGGAUGCAAUUUCGGUUCCAUGUACCCAAAUGAUGAAGCUAUGAUUUUUAAUUUAUUCUUUCAAUAACCCUUUUCAUAGAUAACAUUCCGCCAACUUUGUGACUGAGUUCACAUGAACAGAGAAUGCAUUUCCUCAUUUCAUUUGUGAAAUGUUCAAAAGACUUCCAAACUGUACCAAUCUUUGUUGAUGAUAUGGUUUCUUUGCAGUGUUUUAAAAAGGAAACAAACCAUGUAUUUACUAGUCUUUGUCAUGUUUAUUCGAUGGCUUUAAAUGAAUAUUCGACUCUCCGGGUACCUGUGAUUAAUAGAUGAUCGGGAAUCUGGGUUCAAAAGUUUUACCCGUCCAUGCUCUUAUAAUCAUAAAUGGUACAGCAAAUGUUUGAGUCAAAAUAGAUGCAAUUUGUAAUGUGUUCAUGUACAACAGUGCUAGACAUUAAUGAAAUAAUUUUGUUUGUACCUAAGAUUCAAUACACGUAUCAUAGUUAAAUCCUGUGUGUACAUGGUCACAGACCUACGCAUGAGGAUCAUCUUUAUGAGUCUUUUUUUUGCUACUAAUUUAAGCUUUUAGCCUCAUUUAUUGCUGUUAUUGAACCCAUUUUUUGCAUAUCACCUUUUCUGUUAGAUAUUCAUAUAUUAUACAUGUAUAUUUGAACAUAUUUAAUGGCUUUACCUGAACAACCAGUUGAACAAAAUAUUGGUUGAACUUCAUAGUAAUUGAAAUGUUUACACAACCAUGUUUAAGUUUUGAUCUUCUUUUAAAAGACUAAGGUCUAUUUUGACAACAUAUAUUGUUGGCUAGCAGUUUUACAAGUUGUGAUAAUGUCUGCACUUAGUGCCAGUAUGUCCCUGACAUUGUAUUAUCUUACAUAGAAAUGUUUUCCUUUAAGACAGCUUGUGUUGAUAUGUUUUAUGUUAUUUCACUUGUUAUUUAUGUUUUAACAUCAAUGAGUCUUUCUUCUAGUCUUCUAUGCUUUGUUAUGAUUUAUAUCACAUGAAUUAGUUCUGUUUGAAAAAAGAAACUAGUUUUUUGUAGUUGAGUUAUAAUGGUAUAGGCUAUUUUCCAAAAAUACCAAACAAAAAACUCACAAACCAAGGUCAGUUUAUUGGGGAAUGAGGGGCAGACCAAGGUCAGUUAAUUGGGGAAUGAGGGGCAGACCAAGGCCAGUUUAUUGGGGAAUGAGGGGCAGACCAAGGUCAGUUUAUUGGGGAAUGAGGGGCAGACCAAGGCCAGGUUAUUGGGGAAUGAGGGGCAGACCAAGGUCAGUUUAUUGGGGAAUGAGGGGCAGACCAAGGUCAGUUUAUUGGGGAAUGAGGGGCAGACCAAGGUCAGUUUAUUGGGGAAUGAGGGGCAGACCAAGGCCAGGUUAUUUGGGGAAUGAGGGGCAGACCAAGGCCAGUUUAUUGGGGAAUGAGGGGCAGACCAAGGUCAGUUUAUUGGGGAAUGAGGGGCAGACCAAGGCCAGUUUAUUGGGGAAUGAGGGGCAGACCAAGGUCAGUUAAUUGGGGAAUGAGGGGCAGACCAAGGCCAGGUUAUUGGGGAAUGAGGGGCAGACCAAGGUCAGUUUAUGGGGGAAUGAGGGGCAGACCAAGGCCAGUUUAUUGGGGAAUGAGGGGCAGACCAAGGUCAGUUUAUUGGGGAAUGAGGGGCAGACCAAGGCCAGUUUAUUGGGGAAUGAGGGGCAGACCAAGACCAGUUUAUUGGGGAAUGAGGGGCAGACCAAGGCCAGUUUAUUGGGGAAUGAGGGGCAGACCAAGGCCAGUUUAUUGGGGAAUGAGGGGCAGACCAAGGUCAGUUUAUUGGGGAAUGAGGGGCAGACCAAGGUCAGUUUAUUGGGGAAUGAGGGGCAGACCAAGGUCAGUUUAUUGGGGAAUGAGGGGCAAACCAAGGCCAGUUUAUUGGGGAAUGAGGGGCAAACCAAGGCCAGUUUAUUGGGGAAUAAGGGGCAGUUGUGCGCUACCAUUUUAAACCUGAGUUUAAAGUGACACUCUUAUUCAAAAUCAACAAAUACACAUGUAUAACAAGCAUAAAUUUUGAGUGAUAAAUCUUCGACUACUUACUAAAUAAUGCAUUUAUGAAAAAUAUUAAUUACUGAUAACAAGUUUACAACCAUGUAUUUAAUAGCUAAAAACGCAAACAUAUUAAAUUAAACGCAGGGUCCUUAAUAAUAAGAACCAUUGUUUUCGAAAUUUAAUAAUCUUUUUGGUAAAUUAAAACAAUUGUGCUAAAUAUGGUAAAUCUUAUUUGGGAGUAAUCGUGCAUCUUUAGGAAGUACUAUGCAUUACCGUACUAACAAAUUGGAAUUUGGAAUGUUUUUAUUGAAACAUUUGGGGAGAUAUAUACUUUGUGGAAUUGAAAAUAUAAACCAAUAUGAACUGUAAAAUCUUAUUUUGCUUUGUGACUUUUGAGAAUCUCACUUCUAUAUUUUUAGAUCAUAAAAAAAGCCAUAUAGUAAUUUGCUGAUUAAGUUAAAACCACACCAAAACCAUGAAAUAAAUUAUUCUGUUGAACAGUUUCAUUCCCAGCAAAUACUUUGAAUGACUUUAUGAGCCUCAAAAGUCAUAAAAAGAAUUUGAUUAUAUUUUGAUUUGCCUUUUACAUGUGUUCAUUUCUAUAGUGCUCACAUUUUUAGCUCACCUGAGCACAAAGUGCUCCAUGUGACUCAUAAAAAGGGCCACGCUACAUUAAUCUGUAUUGUCUAUAUGAAAAACCUUGAAAAUCAUUUCUUGAGAACCUAUUGGCCUGAAUUUACAGAAAUGUUCUGAAGGUGAACCACUGUCAAAUCCCUUCACCCUAUGUUGAUUUAUAAAACAUGGUUGCCAAGGGCUUGGCUAGUUAACACUUUAUGUUUAUUUGGAAAAAUAGCAACCAUUGACUUGAUUUUAAAAUAAUUUCACAGAAAUAUGCCAUAGGCAACAUGGUAUAAAAUUACCUACCCCAUUACAAUUCAUAAAAACAUGGUUGCCAGGGGCAGGGCUAGUUUUCACUAUAUGUCUAUAGGGGAAACAUUUUUGAAAUUUUUCCCUCUGAAACCAUUGGCCUGAUUUUUAAAUAUCUACACAGAACUGUUCCUUAUGUGGACCUUUUAUCAAAAUUUUUGAUACUUACACUGGUGAUAUUUCACUGAUAAAACUCCAUAUUUCAUAGAAAGGCAUGAAAGAAAGAGUUUUACAAUCAUCGAAGACAUCAACUUAAAACUUCAUGAAUGUAUUCACAGUAACAAUGUGCUCAUUAGUGAUGAGGUCUAUAACUCCAACUUUAACAUUGUAAAAGUAAUGGCCCUUUGUAACUUUUUAAACACAUAGUUUUCAUGUAUUAAAUUACGCCUUUUUAAAAAGGGGGAAGUAUUACAGUUUCAUCGUAUCAUACGGGCGGAGGUCUCCAGUAUGUUGUCCGAUCAAUUACUUUAUAACCCUUUGUCCAAUCAGGUGAGCAACAUACAUGUACAUGUAACCCCGUCUUGGCCCUCUUGGCCCUCUUGUUUGUUACACCAGGUCCUGUCAAUAAUAGACCACUUACAUUUUAUAACAAUGUAAACCUUUCAAUGUUUGUUGUUAUGUUAGAUACAGUCAUGUAUUGUGUUCAAGACAGGCUUAAGUGCUGUUAUGUUAGAUACAGUCAUGUAUUGUGUUCAAGACAGGCUUAAGUGCAAUAUGAAACAUGAAUGUUUAAAGGUUGAAAUGCAGAGAAAUUUUAUUUUCCUUAUAAGUUUGUUCAUGUAUUCUUUCAAGGCAUAUACACUUGUUAGUAUAUAUAUAUUUAUACAUACAUUUUACACUCAAUAAUUGUAGGAAAAAUAAGAUCCUAAGACUUACAAUGUAUCUUUCUAAAGUUUGGUUAACUGAUUUUACUGUUAUGAAGUUAUGUUGACAUUAAAUGAUGAUUUGAAGAAAUAAGUUGAGAUAUUGUCAUAGCGCUGGUUUUGUUCUUUUUAGCUAGUCUGUUUUUAAUAAGAUAAAUUUGCAUAGCCUUAUUGUUUUAGCACACAAAACUUUAAUCUCACCCAUAACUCAUUAAGGAAGUAGGAAAACCAAACCAAACUUAGUAGCCCCAUCUAAGUUGAACAUACGUCUAUUUGUGAAAAAAGCAAUGAUGUUGACUGCUCUUAGUAGUAAUCUAAUGUGUUGGUAUCACAAGCUGUUAAAAUAUGAUCUGUGGUUAUUAUUUGCUUUUUAAUUCUAAUCUGAAUAGGUUGUUGCUUCCAUUAUGUUGUUCUAAGUACACAUGUAAACCUCCAUUAUACUAUACAUGUAGUCUAAAUAUAAAUUGUGCUCCCCGAAGACUUGUUGAUGAUAAGUUUUAUUUUGUUUUCAAUUUCAGUUAAGUGUGUGUAUUCGAAAUGCGCUCAAAUUACUUAGUAUUAAUCACAUGGUCUGUUGUGGAAUACUAGUCAUUGGUAUUCGUAAAUAAACGUGCUUUCAACUGCAAACAAUCUUUGUAAUCUUUAUAUGUAUGUUCCUGGCAUGGGGCUGAAACCAUCCUCUCGCGGUAUUUAAAGUAUUUUAAUAAAGUAAAUUAGUACUCACAAAAUUUUCCUUGAGCAUUUUACUCCUUAAGGCAGGUCUAUAUAUAGCCAAGUCCGCUCCAUAACUAUAACCAAUGAAUGAAUAUUAAAACAAACUAAGUACAAUUGUUCCCAACAAGGUGCCAUAUACAAAGGGGUUGUUCCUGCCAAGUUCACCCAGGGUCAAGGCCAAUACAAAGUGGUUGUUCCUGCCAGGUUCCUCCAGGGUCAAGGCCACUACAAAGUAGUUGUUCCUACCAAGAUCACCCAGGGUCAAGGCCACUACAAAGUGGUUGUUCCUGUCAGGUUCCUCCAGGGUCAAGGCCACUACAAAGUGGUUGUUCCUGCCAGGUUCCUCCAGGGUCAAGGCCACUACAAAGUGUUGCUCCUUCCAUGUUCCUCCAGGUUCAAUGCCACAUUAAGGAGUAACAGGUCGUAUGGCCAUUUUAUUGCCCACUUCUUAUCUCUCGUGGUUGAACCGGUGAAAGGUAUUACAAUUUAAUAUUAUAACAUGUCGUUAUUUUUUAACUCCAAAGGGGCUUGGAGGAAUUCUAAGGGACCACACAUUAAGGUUUCGUGCGCAGUCCAUUUCCGGUCAAGGUCACUAUUAGGGGUCAAAUGUCACAUAAUCAUUUUACUAUACAUGGGCUUCACUUUUACACAAGUACAGCCAAUUCUACAAAAACACGUUUCGUGCAUUCCAAAUUAUUUUAAAACAGGCAUAGGCCACUUAGAACAACAUGGGGCUACUAUAACUACGGACUUUAAGAACUACUAAGAGAUACCUAAAAGCAUUAUGAAAUGUUAUUUUGUUAUGAAAUAAAUUAUAAUGAUUAUAUCUUAAAUUCAGAAAGAAAGAUUAUUUUGAAGUUGU